GCUUCUGGAACCUGCUGCUGCGGGAAUCUGCGCUCACUCCGCAACGCUGAUUUAACUGACAAGUUUGCAAAAUGGGAACUUUCGCUAAAAUCUUUGCAGCGAGUGUAUGUGUUGCUUUCCUUGCUGUCAAGUGGACUCGACCCAGUUUUGACGCAGAGUCUCUCAGGGGUGCCAGGGUUGUGGUGACUGGGGCCAGUACAGGUAUUGGUGAACAAAUGGCAUAUCACUAUGCCCGCUUCGGAGCCCAGGUAGUAAUUACAGCCAGGAGAGAGAAAGUGUUGCAGGAGGUGGCCCAGAAGUGCCUGAGUUUGGGAGCCCAGAAAGCUCUCUACAUAGCAGCGGACAUGGCCAGUGAGUCAGACCCAGACAAGGUGGUAGAUUUUGCUCUGGAAAAGCUCGGAGGGCUGGAUUACCUGAUACUCAACCACAUUGGCCCGAGCCCCUUCACCUUGUGGACGGGAGACGUGGAGCACAUCAAGUGGCUGAUGAAGGUCAAUUUUUUCAGCUAUGUUCAGAUGGCUUGGAAAGCUAUGGCCUCCCUUGAGCAAAGCAAAGGAUCUCUGGUGGUUGUUUCAUCACUUUUAGGUAAAAUGCCCAGUCCCUUCGUGGCACCGUACACCUCAACAAAAUUUGCCUUGAACGGUUUCUUUGGAACCCUUCAGCAUGAGCUGGCUAUGAAAAAGAGCAACGUGUCCAUCUCUAUAUGUACACUGGGACUCAUUGACACUGAAUCGGCUAUGGAGAAAGUCAGGGGUGUCACUGAUAUACCAGCCUACCCGGCCACAGAUGCAGCCUUGAACAUCAUCAUCACGGGAGCUACAAGGGAGCCAGAGCUCUUCUACCCUUGGUUCACCCACACUCUGAAUCUCAUCAAAGACUGGUUCCCUCCCAUCACAAACUAUAUCAUUCAGAACUCCUACAAUUACAUCCCAUGAAAAAUAUUCAUCCGAAGUAUAAUCAUGCAGGUUCAAUACAUAUAUAUAAAAUAUAUAAUUUGGUUUAGACCUUGACAUGAUAUGUGUCAUGUAGUGAUAUGAUAUGAUAUGCUGUGGAUAUUGAUAACUGAUAUGUUCCACUACUCAAAUGUAGCCUUAAUAUUCUAGUACACCCAGAUGUUUUGCCCUGAUCUUUAACUUUCCAGUUGGAAAAUUGUUUUUCUUUUAACAGCCAAAUGGAUCAGGUUACUAUUUAUAAGAGACUGGACCUUGUCCUCCUUUUCUCAUCUUGCUUUUGGGAGAGGUCCAGUUCUAAAAAGUCCACAGGGGAGAAAAGCUUAUGGCUUGGGUUUGUUUCAUUUUGGCUUACCUCAAAGAGAUUAAAAAGGGGUUAGUUCCUAUCUGCACAGUACAGCCAGCAGUCAACUGCCAUUAGGUGCAUAAAAAUAAAAUAAAAUAAAAAUCAGAUCAGUGGUGGUUGGAACAUCAACCUUCUACAGUUAUGUGGUAAAAAUGAGAGGCUUGGCAAAAGAAGAAAACGAAUAAAAUGACAUUCAGGUAUAAAUUGCUCGUAAUACGUCUCUUGUUGAGGUGUUUUGAGGGUGUUUGUGCUCUUAUUUGUAUAGUUGAGAAGCGACAGGAAAGAAGGAGAGACAAAGGUUACCUGGCUGGAAUGAAACAUCAAACAUUGCAUGCAGUGAUCAGAGUCUAAACCCAGUGAAUCAAGACAACACUGACCGCUUUCAAAUUCCAGACUUACUGUUUACAAUUACCUUUUAAUUCAUUUUCUUUAAAAUGAAACUCAUUUGUUAGAUUGUUUUAUUGCUUGUGGUUUUCCCUGUCCCUGCCUUUUGGUAUGAAAUAUGCUUUUUGCAUUUGCAAAACAUCCAGUCAUACACACUUAAAAGCAUGAAGUACAUGUGAAAGCAACAUACCUGUUGGGAAAACAAAGCAUUAAUCUGAAUGAACUAGUACUUUGAAUGUCCACAUGAGGGCAGUAGUGCCAAAGUAGUGAAGUGAGGUCACCUAAUUGUACCCGCAGCAGUCAGUGAACUGCAUCCUCUGUGGACAAACAAUCCUUCCUAGAGCAUCAUGCAUUUAAUGGUUAUGUAGCAAUUUGGUUUGAAAUGUUUUCUUCUUAAAUACUAAAGUCUGUGGUUUGAAAAAGAACCAGGUCCUGUUUGUUCACUGAAUCUUCUGACUUUUUUAAAGCCUGCAUCACCAUCUCAAUCCUCUCCCUCCCUGUUCCUGUUCCUGUCUUCACUGUUCUCCACCCCUGGAUUCCUCUCCAUCUCCAUUCUUCUCUAUUUCCCUUAGUUUCUUCUUUCCAAAGCUGGCCACAGUAGGCGUUGCAGACUUCCUACAGAGCAGGACUUUCUCAGUGGGUUUCUUUGUGCCUUUGUUCAUCAUCCCCCAAAAGCACCACAGGCUUCCUGUGAAGCUGUUGGCUCAAUCCGUCCUGGUGGUCUUUUCUUUAUUGUAAUACACCCCAGACUAGAGGGUGUACCCUGCAGUGGUUUUCUACUGUAUACCCAGAGUGAGUUGUCAAUGUAACAAACGAUUGCUUUGCUAAAAAAGUUAAAGCUGAGAGACAAAAAGAAAAGCACUUUCUCCAGGAUGCAUAUAAGUUAAUCUGCCAGAUCAGGAAGAAGACGUCUUGAAUCUGUAAUUAAAAAAUUUGCACAA